GUUAAAGGAGCAUCAAAGCCAAAGGUUGAAGUAUCUAAGAUAUUUUCUGAUGCGUUGAAAGACUCAUCGACACUUACUGUUGAUUUAGGCGUAGUAGUUUCAGAAAUUGUAGAAGUUGAAGUAAUAAUUUCAGAAGUUUUUCCUUUAUUGAAGUUGUUGGACGAACUUUUUUCGACUGGGUCGACUUCCAUUGUAAUGGACUUUUCUGGAAGGACAGUUAUAUUGGAUCCCGUUACAUAUGUGAGAAAGAAGAUGUUGUCUAAAGUUUGUUGA